AUGCCCGUCCCACCGUGCCCCUACCUGACGACCCAACAAGAUGUCAGACGUAAAGAUUCGGGCGUAGUUCUGCGCGACGUAACACGCAAAGGUCCGGCAGGAAUGCUCGGCGUGGGUCCCGCGUCUAUAGCACAAGCGACUCAGACAUCUGCGCGGAACCCAUCCGUCCUAGCCACUCGACAAACCAAAGCGGCGGAGGAUCAUAUGCGAGCUGCCGCUGCGCACCGGUUCGCGCCCGAGGGGAUCGCACAAACGGUCGUCGGGUGGUCGAUGUCUAUGGCGGCAGGCACAGGACACACUUUGUUCCGGGUCUUCGACACCUUCGCGAGGUUCCAUAGCAUGUUGCACCUUACAUCCACAGUGUCCAUUAUCGGCGCCGAUGCCCAGCGCUACGCGGCGGAUGCGUUGAUAAAAGUCUGGAGGACGUUCGCCGGCUUUGCGCCGUUCGUUCCGUUCGCAUGCGACUAG